GGCAGCGGAGUUUCCAGCUGCCUCCACUGUCUGUGGACACAGCCGACACUUUGUGAGGGAGAAACACAGCUUUACCCACACUACUUGGAAUACAAACCAGCUUCAAGUCGCUGCAAAAGUUACUGGACGCCGAGAGCUGCCGUCGGGUGAGGUGAAGAUGGUGGACCGACUUGCCAACAGCGAGGCCAACUCCAAGCGGAUCGCGGUGGUGGAGAGCUGCUUUGGCGCCGCGGGGCAGCCCCUGGCCAUCCCGGGCCGCGUGCUGAUCGGCGAGGGCGUCCUCACCAAACUGUGCCGCAAGAAGCCCAAGGCGCGGCAGUUCUUCCUCUUCAACGACAUCCUGGUGUACGGCAACAUCGUCAUCCAGAAGAAGAAGUACAACAAGCAGCACAUCAUCCCCCUGGAGAGCGUCACCAUCGACACCAUGCCCGACGACGGCGACCUGCGCAACGGCUGGCUCAUCAAGACGCCGACCAAGUCCUUCGCCGUGUACGCCGCCACCGCCACCGAGAAGUCCGAGUGGAUGAACCACAUAGGGAAGUGCGUGGGCGACCUGCUGCAGAAGAGCGGCAAGUCCCCGACGGGCGAGCACGCCGCCGUGUGGGUGCCCGACUCGGAGGCGUCGGUGUGCAUGCGCUGCCAGAAGGUGAAGUUCACGCCGGUCAGCCGCCGCCACCACUGCAGGAAGUGCGGCUUCGUGGUGUGCGGGCCGUGCUCGGAGAAGAAGUACCUGCUGCCCAGCCAGUCGUCCAAACCCGUGCGCGUGUGCGAGUACUGCUACUCGCAGCUGACGUCGGGCAGCCUGGCGCCGCGCUCGGACUCCAUCAGCCGGCCGGGCUUCGGCAACCUGUCGGACGACGACGACGAAGACGACAGCAGCGACUAAGGAACGGCCGGAUCCCCGCCGCGGCCCGGCCGGUCAGCGCCGCGAGGAGGAAAUACUCUGCUGAUCGUUUCUCUUUCGUCUCAGACGAUAGAAUCGACUGUGGGAACAGCCGAGGACACGCUCAUGAAAUCACUGUGGAGUUCCCGUCUCGUCUACAAACCAAACCCUUUAAUUUUGUCCACUUAGAUGAAUACUUUCCUGAAAAACAGCGAUUAAUCAGUGAAUCGUGGAAUUAACCAGCAGAACUCUGGGACGAAGUCUGACUGUUCAUCAGAGCCGUUCUGCUAAUCUCUACUUUUCCCUCUCGCCUCUUAAUCAGGCUGCAAACAGUCACUACCGAAAGCAAAGGUGCUAAUGAGAACCUCUUUCUAAACUCUUUCCUCCUCUCACAUUAAUAUCAGAUCUUUUCUUCUUCUGCCCAGUAACUUAAACAAGGGGAUUGCUUGUAAUUUCUGCAGGGAAAAGCACAUGUUUGGGUUCCGCCUCUUUCUCGUCUGUCCUCAAGGCACCAAACUGGACUUUAUUGUAACAGAAUUAUGGCAAUUUCUGCAACUAUUUUUAUAAAGUCGUGUCUGGUAAAAUUGGAAAAAAAGAGACAUUUAUUUUCUAUGAAUAACAAAAUGUAGAUUUUUAUGCUAAUGACAGAACCUAAUAUAGUUGCUUCUGACAAAUCAGCUUGUCUCACAUUGAGCAUUAUUAAUCUGUCGCCUCACACACUGAUGAGUUUUGUCACUUGUCCCAAAAAAAACAAAAAAACAAAAACCCUCAGCCUUUAAUGUCACGUCUGCCUUGUUAGAAAAUUGAGGUUAACCUUCACAAAGGAGGUUAACAGUUAAAACGAAACCAUGCUGGAAAAACCAGGGACUUCAUGAUAGGUUGACUUUCAGACACAUUAAGGAGGAUAUUAUUGGUUCUGUGUGUGUCAGCAGAACAGCAGGGAGAUUACCCACAGGCCCGCUCGCAGGAAGGCUUCAAUUUGGACUUUCCCUGCUCACGCUGGAAAUACUUUUCUUGCCAGUUAUCGGUCGUCACAAAAAAAAAAAAAAAAAAAA